AUAAUCGCGAUCUCUCCUCGAUAAUUUCGCGCGGAUUAUCCAAACUUGUGCACGCGUACAGAUUUAUCAUUGAGUUUAGCAUCGAACGGGACCUUGAACGAUGACGGUAUAAUAGAUUGAACAGGAUCAUUAUAAGUAGAACCCUCUCUCCCGUAUCCUGUGGUAUACCCCGUACUUUUUGCUCUUGUGCUCGCUUUCGGGCAAUUACUACGUCAUAGCGUACUAAUAACUAAUUAGCCGAGAUAAUGACGGGACAAUAGGCGGCAGGCAUGAUGGAUGGGAAGUGCUUAGUUCGACGAUAAAUGCUUGCUCCCCUGGCCUACAUUUAAUGUUUCCACAAUGAACAACUCCCUUGUGCACGUCGACGAGAAAAGAGGAAUUAUUUUUCUACAUGUAUCGCGGAAUUAGUCGCAUCUUCAUUCGGUUAUUCAUUCUUCUUUCGUUUCAUUGCAACAGUCAUUCCAUUUAUGCUAUCUCUUGCAGAUCAAGUAUUUCUUAUAUAGUAUGAGCUAUCAAUUUUGUCGAUACUAAAAAUACUUGUAAAGAAAUAUCCUCGCAUAACAUAUAUCUCUCUAUUGAAGUUACGUAUCAAAUCAAGAUAACGAAAAAUCCUUUGGUCUCGCGUUCGAAUAACGUAACUGGAUCCUCGAAAGGAUCAUAGAUUAUCGAUCGAUUCUCAAUCGAUCACGAUCAAAUCAAUGUCAACGUGGUGGGGUGAUCUAUUUGAGGAAACGCGGCGAUGCAUCGUGCAACAAGAAUCAGUCAGCGAGGUGAGUCGUGGCGAAAGGUGAAACAUCGUUAUAAAAAGAAAUAGAGACAGAUAGCGAGUGUCUGACCGACGAGGCUGCAGCCUCGGGAUAUUCCGUAUCUUUACUGUGCAUUCAACUCUAAUAUUCGAAAAUCUCAUCAUAUUACACGAGACACAGAAUUGCAGACGAACGCAAGAUUCUGUUAAAGCUCGAACAGGAUGGCGGCGGAUGAUCCCCUUUGCCGGGAACCAUUGGUAUCCGUCGAAUUCGAGGUUUUUGGAAAAGUACAGGGCGUUUAUUUUCCAAAGUACGUGAGGGACAUAUGUAUGCAAUUGGGAAUUUGCGGUUGGGUGAAAAACAGUAAAACUGGCACAAUCCUCGGGAAGAUGCAAGGACCUCGGGCGUUCGUCGAUCAGAUGGCACAAUGGUUAACGUCAGUGGGCAGUCCAGGUAGCGAGAUACAUCAUUGCGAAUUCACGAAUUGGGAAACCAUCACGAAGCAGCAAUAUCAAGGUUUCGUAAUUCGUUUUUAAAAAUAUAACGCAUAAUUGAUGUAUAAUACUUAAAGAGUAUAACUAGAAUGCAAGCAAUUGAUUUGCAUAUGGCAAACGAAGUAUACUCAAAAUUCCACUGACAUUGAGAACAAUUGUGCGACGAUUUUAUCGAGCAUCCUUCAAAAUACAUUAUUUUAAUAGAUUACUAGUUUAUAUAUAUGUUGGUAAGAAACGCGUA